CACAAUCCUUUGGUUGCGAAUGGAGGACUUUUUAUUUAAAGCAGUUAAUGGGUUAAUAACGAGAGAGAGAUCCAAUCAUUGAUCGGAAUUGUUCUCAUUAAUACCAAGGUCCAAGUUGUUGCUAAACAAUGGCCGUUUUGUUAUCUCGUUCUGUUUGUUUUGGCUUUUCUUCUUGGCGGUUAUUUCUUGAAGUUUUGCACAAGCUGGAUACGAAUCUCUAGGCCACAGCCACCGCCUCAUGUUAGUUCUUUUUUCUAAGAUCAUGCAUCCGUCUUGAGAUGGGUAGGUUUCAGUUUUACACAAAACCUUCGUGCUUGAAGAAAUUGCUGUUCUGGCUUUUAUUAACCUGAACCCCACAAAACUGUUGGUUUCACGUUUCCUUUCAACGGAAAGAGCAAUCUCUUUGGUAGAAGCACGUACCUUGAACUGCGCGCCUUCUUCUAUACCUUUUGUUGUUCAACCUUUCAUGUGUGUAUUCCGAAAGCUUCUUGGUUUAUGCGACAAUUCUCUCUGAUUUACUAGUCAUUGCAGUGAUUAUGCAACUUCUUCUGUUUAAAGUUCGUAUUUUUUUCGCUGACUUUGUGGCAACUGAUCGAGAAAAUCUCGUGUAUUUGGAAACCUGAGGAAAAAGAACAAUAUUUUUUGGUUGUGGGUUUGAGCCAGAGGGUGGUUGUGGUGAAGAUAGGUGAGAGUUAGGAUUUGGUUGGUUGGUUGAAUAUGGAAGUGAAGGGUGGGAAGGAAAAGGUCUCUUCAAAUGUGAGUGGGAAGGUGGUAGUGGUUGCUGUCAAAGCAUCGAAGGAAAUCCCAAAGACUGCUUUGGUGUGGGCUUUGACUCAUGUGGUUCAACCUGGCGAUUGCAUUAAGUUGCUGGUGGUCAUCCCUGCUAACUCCUCAAGUAAAAGGAUGUGGGGCUUUCAAAGAUUUACCAGUGAUUGCACCAAUGGUCACAGGUGGUCUCUUGCAGGAACCAGUUCAGAUCAGAAGGAUGAUAUUGCAAAUGCUUGCUCUCAAAUGGUGCUUGAGCUCCAUGAUGUUUAUGAUACGGAGAAGAUAAAGAUAAGGAUAAAGAUUGUUUGUGGCUCGACAGGUGGAGUAGUGGCUGCUGAAGCCAAGAGUGCUGGAUCAAACUGGGUUAUAUUGGAUAAACAGUUGAAAAAUGAAAAGAAACAUUGCAUGGAAGAGUUGCAAUGUAAUCUUGUGGUUAUGAAGCGAUCUCAACCAAAGAUUCUUCGUAUAAAUUUGGUAAAUUCACAAAAGGUGAGUUUAACAUCAUCAUCAUCUAGGUUAGGAACAUCUCCAGAACAUCUGAAAAGCAAGUUUGAACAGCUGAGUAUGACUAGAGGGCCAACUGUGACUCCAGCAAGUAGUCCAGACCAUGAGUCACCAUUGACUACAACUGAUGUUGGAACAUCAUCAAUAUCUAGCUCGGAUCCAGGGAAAUCACCAUUUGUCCUUUCCGGAAUUGUUGGGACACUUGAGAAAGAGCUCCAAUUUACUGCUAGAGAAAAUGAAAACCUGGAUGAAUGUGACUCUGACACAGAUAGUCACAGACUGAGUUCUUGUUCAACAAGUUCAUAUUUCCAGCCGUGGAUGGCAAACAUUCUCAGUUCUGGUGGUGAAUAUUCAAACCAUAUGGUGGAAGGUUCAAAAAGACACAACAAGAAGGUUCUGACUUCCACAUACAGAGCCUUGUUGGAGAAAUUGUCUAAAUUAGAUGAAGAUCCUUGUAUUGGAAUGCUGAAUUAUAGGCUUGAUUUGGACUUAAGCAGAAGUGUAAGAGAAGCAAUUUCAUUAUCCAGAAACCCACCCCUCAGCCCUCCUCCAUUGUGUUCCAUUUGUCAGCACAAGGCACCUUUAUUUGGGAACCCUCCAAGAUGGUUCACAUUUGCUGAGUUGGAAUUUGCUACAGGUGGAUUUUCACAGGAAAAUUUCUUGGCAGAAGGUGGAUUUGGCUCUGUACACCAAGGUGUUUUACCAGAUAGUCGUGUUGUUGCUGUCAAGCAAUACAAAUUGGCUAGUUCCCAAGGUGAUCUAGAAUUUUGCUCAGAAGUUGAAGUCUUAAGCUGUGCACAGCAUCGUAAUGUUGUGAUGCUUAUUGGUUUUUGUGUGGAGGAUGGAAAAAGGUUGCUGGUAUAUGAAUACAUUUGCAAUGGGUCUUUGGAUUCUCAUCUAUAUGGAAGAAAACUAAAUCCACUAGAAUGGUCUGCACGACAAAAAAUUGCAAUUGGUGCUGCUCGUGGAUUGAGAUACCUUCAUGAAGAAUGUAGAGUUGGUUGUAUUGUCCACCGCGAUAUGCGGCCUAACAACAUUCUGCUCACCCAUGAUUUUGAACCAUUGGUGGGAGAUUUUGGACUGGCUAGGUGGCAGCCAGAUGGAGACAUGGGGGUGGACACAAGAGUAAUUGGAACAUUUUGGUACUUGGCUCCAGAAUAUGCUCAAAGUGGCCAAAUCACUGAAAAAGCUGAUGUGUAUUCCUUUGGGGUAGUACUACUGGAACUUGUUACAGGGAGGAAAGCUAUGGACAUAAACCGGCCCAAAGGCCAGCAGUUACUUACUGAAUGGGCAAGAUUAGUGCUGGAAAAACAAGUUGUUCAUGAGCUUGUAGACCCUUGCUUAAGAAGCUACUACUCAGGGCACGAGGUUCAUCGCAUGCUGCAAUGUGCCUCCUUGUGCAUCCAGCGGGACCCUUAUUCAAGGCCUCGCAUGUCUCAGGUGCUUCGGAUGUUAGAGGGGUGACGUUGUCAUGUAAUCAACCGGUCACAUUCAACCUCUUGACCACAGAAAGGAAAACAUCUGACCAGAGAAGCAGCCAGAUCUUGAAAGGAGGCAUUACAAUGAUUAAGUAGGAUGUUCUGCAGAUUGAAGCGCAGCACAACCAAAGAGAGUGAAGGUAGCAGGAGGUCUUGUGGAAAUACCAUCUGUAAACAUUCCACGUGAUAGCAAUACUUCAAUUGCCUUUGUCUUAUAUGUUAGCUAAACAGAGAUUACAGCAGAGAAUGUUGGCUGUAUAGUUUUGAGAAUACGAGCAAAUGCAUAUCAUGACCUUAUUGUUUUUUCGUUAUGACUUUGAGUUUGCAAAUAUCCCUAUGGACAUUCAUUAUUUGGUAGUUUCUAGUUAGGAAAUGUAUCUUUUACUC